UGAAAUAGCACAUCUAGUACUCUUUCUCUCAGUAUGACGUCAAACCCGCCAUCACUCAUCGAAGUCGACAGCCUCGACGUUCAUGUCUUGAUCAAUGAUGAGAUUGAUCAAAUCUCGCCGAGCCCAAACCCGCGGGUUCAGCAUGCCCAAUCCUUCGCCGGUGUCCCAUUGAGCCCCGUGUCUGACCCCAGCUCUCGAGGAGGAGCUCGGUUGGAAAUGCCAAUGCGAAAUAUCUGUUGCGGCGCUCAUGGCCUGUCCUUGUUUAUCACAGCGAAGAAGGACGAUAAGUUUCACACGCUGCUUUUCGAUGCCGGACCCGAGGAAGACGUUUUCGAGAAAAACGUCCAGAGACUCAAGCUCCCAAUGACUGAUAUAGGUGCUAUUGUUCUUUCGCAUUGGCAUAGAGAUCACUCUGGUGGGCUUCUCUCGGCGAUUCGGCUCGCCAGCAGCGGGAGGUCAGAUGGCGAUCAGGUCAUUGUUGCGCUUCCUCCAGAUAAGCCAGCAUUCAGAGGAAUUAUGUUCGAUCAACCUAUUUCGCUAGAGGCAGACCCUACUGUGGGUGAGGUCAAUAGUGCCGGUGGCAAGACAGUUGUCUUGGAUGAGGCACGAACCAUUCUAGAUGAUGCCUUUCUCAUAUCUGGAGAGAUUCCGCGCCAGACAGAGUAUGAAGGUGGCAUCCCAGGUGGUGUUCGAUAUGAUCCGGCCAAGGAUGAAUGGAUCAAGGACGAGUUGAUCAUGGAAGAGCGGUUUGUCAUGUGUAAGCUCAAAGGCAAGGGCCUGGUCAUCUUCACUGGCUGCAGUCACGCCGGCCUCAUUAAUAUUGCCAGGCAUGCUAAAACCAUCGAUAACAGCCCUAUCUACGCCAUCGUUGGCGGCUACCACCUCGCAGAUGCGUCGCCUGAUAAGAUGGAGCAGAGCAUGAAGGAUCUCAAGGAUCUCAAGCCGGCUUUGCUGAUGCCAGGACAUUGUACUGGAUGGAGGUUUAAGGGGCUUAUUGAGAAGGAAAUGCCAGGUCAGAUGGCUCCAAUUUUUGGCGGAACAAAGUAUACACUGUAGACAAGCACCUUUCAUCCUUUUUGGUCUUGAAAGAUGUCCUACAUAUCUCGGCGGGGAUGGUCAAUGCUACUCUCAACGUGCUGGGUAGCUAAAUGAUUCAACGGUUGAAUGAACACAUGACCAUUUGAUCGCCUAACAAACCGUGAGUGCAUCUUCCAUUCGGUCUCAGUUCAGUUUCCGUACACUUAAUCUUGAUCCUCUUCGCCCCGUUUCGGGAUGUAACGUCA